ACUGUGAAUAAGAAUAGCGAUUAUACAUAAAGUGAACGAGUUAUGUACUGUGCGGGUGGAGCUUAAACCUACGGCCUCCUGAAGUACCUUGUGCUGAGACUAGGGUUUCUCGUGAGUUUAGCUCCAUUCGCACAGCACAUAACUAACUCACUUCAAGUAUAAUUUUGUCCCGAUUUGCUAAAUAUCUCAGUCCGCCUCCGCCUGUUUAUCUUUUUUAUGUGACUAAUUUGCAUAAUUAUUCUUAAAUCAUUGUCGCAUAUUGCAUCACUAGCAUUAAUUACGAUCUUUAAAAAAUUACAUCAAAGUUAAUCAUUUUAAUUUACAUUUUACAAAACACCAGGAAAAGAGUGGAUGAACUCGAAUGACCUCACAGUUCAUUUCUCCGUCUCUGCCUGCCUCUUUUCUCCACAAGCCAGCUCAUCCACUUUUCACAACUCGCAUCGUCCUCAUUCGCUUCACUCUUCUGCCUUGGACGGACGUAUUUUGUUCCUGACGCCACGACGACAUCAGUGUCGACAAAUCCAGUUGUACCAGAGGUAAAAAUAAUUAAGAGUGUUUGAAAGAGUUUCUAUUGCUUUGGGAGAAUUUUAAAACGCUGAGCACGAAGUUUUUUGGAGGUAUUACAAUGGGUAGGAAACGUGGUCAUCGUCAAAAGCCGAGGGGGCCCUCUUCAAUCAGGUCGCAGGACGAUUCAUUCUCAAAGUUGGAUGAGUGUAGUGACACCGAAGAGAAGAGCAGCAGCUUGUCCCUUUGCGACAGCCCCAUUCUCACGCAGGCAUUCCGAACAACGAGAAGCACUGCGAGAAGAAAUGCGGCCCUAGCAAUGGGGCUCAAAGACUCUAGCAUGGGGUCAAGUCCACCCAGAAAAAUGAGUAAAGAUAAUGAUUUGAAGGGAUUUCAAGGGGAGCCAAUGUAUGUCAAGUUUGAAACGGACAAAACUAAUGAAGACGGUGACAACAAAAAAAAAUAUCGUGCUCAACUUCAAAAUCUUGUGGACAAAUUUGUAUUUGUCAAGAAAUCCUUUAUUUCAAAAUAUGUUAAGGAUAACGGUAGUUCGUUGGAGGAUAAAGACUUUUUCUUUUUUUCGGAAAGCGACGAUGACGAAGAUGAUGAAUUUGCCGAUUGUUCUCCACUGGAUUAUCUUGGAAAACGUCGCGACACUGGCCCGUUUGUCCAACUGCAAGUUGACCAUUCCGUUACACUAUCCUUUGACUCGGGGUUACUGAAUGUUUUCGAGUCAAUGUAUCACUCGCAUUGUCAGAUGAUUUUGACUCACGUUGAAAAGUUUGAUCCAAGACUAAUCUAUAAUGAGUGGAAGCUAUUUUGGCGAAACAAGCCUCACAGUACACAUGAGGAAGUUGGGGCUGUCCAUUAUAAGAGUCUCAUGUCCAAAUCUACUCUAUUCAAAAUAUGCUCACUGGAAUCUGUCCAACAAUACAUCAUGUCCAUGGAUCUGUUCACGUACCAGUACGCCAUCGAUAUUUUAUAUCCAUGCUUGUCGAAAGGAAUGCCUAUCUCAAUGGUCAACACCGUGCGAUCUUUCAUUAAGGAGGGUCUGUACCUCUUUAACAAAAUCUUGGAAGACUAUCCCAAAUUGAUGGUCAGUAUCAAGAUACGCUGUUUCCAAACGUUGCUCGUCAUGUUGGAUGAUUACUCAAACUUGAACAGGAUGUUAAAGUCGGCCGUGUCCACUAUUCGAAAUGUGGACAAUAUACAAGCCAUGCAUUCAGAACUUUGUCGUUCCAUUAACUUUGAGAACAUGGAGAAACAAGUAGCUCUAUUCAAGAAGCAGAGUGCACUUCUCGUUCAAAAUAAUCUAAUUCUUGAAUUCAGACAGAACUUGGAUCAACACCAGAAUUACUCGAUAAAAUGUUGGGUUCACUGGGGGGAAAUGGUUGCUCAAAGAUUAGUUGAGGAAAGCAAUCGUCAGGUUGCAGAAGGAGAAGUCACAAAACAAAUGGAAUGCCCGUUUUCUAUUUGGAAAAAUGCAAGCGAUCGCAUGUUGGGAGCCAUUGUAAAAGAUAAUGCUGUCAGUUUUGAGGUUUUUAAAGGAUUCCUGCAAUGGUGUGAUAACAUAAUCCAACACAUUACAAAGUUGACCAUUGCGCGCUCCGAGGGCUACACUCUUCCCAUCUUUUACUACGAAACGAUUCUAAGGGAACGUGAUCAAACGUGGCGAGAAAAUACCAAAAUUUACAAAUCCAUGGCUCUCGCUCAACAACAAAAUCGUGAUCAACCAGGAGGGAGUCGUAAUGUCCAUGCGGGCGCUGAGGAAAUUUUAGGACCUGCACAUCACUUCAUUCUGAAUGACAAUAGCAAUAGCAACGAUCCACUCUCAAAUUAUAAUCCUCCCAUCAGUCCAGAUUACCGAAAGCCUACCGUAACAUAUUUCAAUCCAAUGUCAUUAACAAACGGACAAACUAUGUCGUUCGCCACAAAUGCGCCGGGACCCUCUACGUCAUCGUCGGAUCACACCGUCCCUGACAACGUCUACCACAACUAAGAUUUACAGUUUGAGAAUAUCAGAAGAUCAAUCACCCAAUCAUGUUUUUAAUCAAAUAUUUGAAGAAUUUUUAUCUUGUUAAUUCAGAGAUUGCUAUCUUACCAUUGUCAUAUUAUUAUGCUACCUACUUUUAUUUAAUUAUUAUUACUUAUUAUGCCUUUAACAUGUAUUUUAUCUUGUUCCAUACAUACUGAUUGUUUCCAAAUUCUAGCCUAAUUUGUGAUGAUACAAUUAUCUUGCCUGAUAUAAACUGCAUAAACUUGUAUGUAAAAAAAA